UCUCCCUCUCGGUGUGUCUCGUGCUGUGAGUCGCGCAGGGCGGCCUCUCAUUGGCUGCCGGCGGACUCCCGGAGCAGGUCGCUCUCCUCGGUGCUGAAAUCGCUGCUCGUCGUGAUAAUGUGAACGGCGAUGAGGCCAAACGGAGCGCCCGUCAUACAAACACCAAAAUGGACGAUGAUCUGUUCCAACUGAGACAGCUGCCGGUUGUUCGCUUCCGUCGCACAGGUGAGAGCACACGCUCCGAGGAUGAUGGCGAGAACAGAGAUCAGGUUAUCAAGGUCCCAGAGCAGAAUGAUCUGGAGUCUGUGGCGCUCACAGACGGAGCUCCGGUACCCCGGGAGUUUGCCAAUCCCACGGAUGACACGUUCAUGGUAGAAGAUGCCGUGGAGGCCAUCGGCUUCGGGACGUUUCAGUGGAAACUCUCCAUCCUCACUGGUCUGUCCUGGAUGGCUGAUGCUAUGGAGAUGAUGAUCCUCAGCAUCUUAGCCCCUCAGCUGCACUGUGAAUGGAGGCUGCUCAGCCUGGAGGUGGCGCUGCUAACAUCGGCCGUGUUUAUCGGGAUGAUGAUCAGCUCGUCUCUUUGGGGAAACAUAUCGGACAGAUACGGCAGAAAGACGGGUCUGAAGAUGAGCGUGCUGUGGACGAUGUUCUACGGCCUGAUGAGUGCUUUUGCACCGAUUUACGGCUGGAUCCUCGUCCUCCGCGCGCUGGUGGGCUUUGGGAUCGGUGGAGCACCUCAGUCGGUGACACUGUAUGCUGAGUUUCUGCCCAUGAAGUCCAGAGCCACGUGCAUCCUGCUAAUGGAGAUAUUUUGGGCUCUGGGCACCGUGUUUGAGGUCCUCUUAGCGAUUCUGGUGAUGCCCACUCUGGGCUGGCGCUGGCUGCUCGGCCUCUCCACCAUCCCUCUCUUCAUCUUUGCAUUCUUCUCCUUCUGGUUACCAGAGAGCGCUCGGUACGACGUGCUGACGGGGAAUCAGGAAAAAGCUCUGGCCACACUGAAACGCAUCGCUUCAGAGAACGGAGCACCGAUGCCGCUUGGAAAACUCAUCGCUGCUAAGCAGGAGGAGCGUGGUAAGAUCAAAGACUUGUUUUCAUCACACCUUUGUAUGACCACCGUGCUGCUUUGGUUCAUUUGGUUUGCGAACGCCUUCUCUUACUACGGGCUGGUGCUGCUCACCACAGAGCUGUUUCAGGAGGGAGGUACGUGUGGAGUGUCCAAAAGUAGUAAGGAGGAGCUUCCAUGCAGCCUGGAGUGUAAAUAUCUGAACUCUGACGACUACAAAGACUUACUGUGGACCACAUUAUCUGAAUUCCCAGGACUGCUGGUGACACUGUGGGCCAUCGAUCGUCUGGGCAGGAGGAAGACGAUGGCGUUGUGUUUCUUCAUCUUCUCCAUGUGCAUCAUUCCUCUCUACGGCUGUGUGGGGAGAGUGUCCAUGACAGUGUUGAUAUUCAUCGCCAGAGCGUUCAUCGCGGGGGGAUUCCAGGCGGCGUAUGUUUACACUCCAGAGGUUUACCCAACAGCCACCCGAGCUCUGGGACUGGGAACCAGCAGUGGGAUGGCCAGAGUAGGAGCUCUCAUUACACCUUUUGUUGCCCAGGUGAUGUUGGAGUCCUCCGUGUACCUGGCGCUCUCUGUGUACUGCUGCUGCUGUCUCCUCGCCGCCUUCGCCUCCUGCGCGCUGCCGAUCGAGACGACGGGACGGGGCCUGCAGGAGUCCAACCAACGCGAGUGGGGCCAAGAGAUGGUGGGCCGGGCCCCUUCCCGUGGCUCAGCGGGAAACUCUCAGUCCAGUCCUGGAUCUCAGGGCUGAGUUCAGACUGACAGCGUGUUAGAGAGCGGACUGCGAUGAGAAAAAAAAGAGGGAGGGAGAACAGAAAGCGCUCUCUGUGUCCGUCUGCCAUCCCGUGACUCUUCAGUUUAGGCACCACAGUGGCCGCACAGUAGUUUACUGUAAAUUAUUACUGUAUAGUCUUCAGCCGUCAUCGCUGUCACAACAGCUGACUAUCUGCACACGGGUUGUCAGGAAAGACAGAAUAACCUCCACGAGUGCAGAGCUGUCAAAUUAAAUGCUGGAGAAAAAUGCAAAACAUUUUUGAACAAGUGAGAAUUCAAACCCUUAAUGCAAAGUGUGUGCGCAUUUUGUUUUAUCUUAAAGUAGAGAAGUAAAGGCGAAAACAUGCUAGGAGUAAUCUUCAUAUGAUACCAACUGUGUGUGUGCUUAGAGCUUCGUCUGUUAACAUCCUGGAAAAAGAUGCUUAGAGAACAUGUGCACACAAACAGCCUGUUAGAUCAUCUAAGAUCGAUUUCACGAGCAUCAGAGAGAAGGACAGUUAUUCAUCUUUCAAUUUAAAGAAAGACACACUAAGGCCUCGUCCACACGUAGGCGGGCAUUUCGUUGAACAGAGGUUUUCCUCCUCCUGUUUAAAAAAUGAUCCCGUCCACAAACGCUUAGUCAUCAAAAACAUCUUCGUCCACAUGAAAACACAAAACGCACUGUUACAGCUGUCAUGAGCACGCCAGGUCGUAAACGAUGUCCUUGACAUGUUAAAAUGUUCUCUCCAUUCCUCUGCAAUGACCGUUUCAUUUUACAACGUUGUCCUUUCUGGUGUCUCUGCUCGUCAACAUAGUGGGAGAGUAACUGUGUGUGUACAUGUUGGCAUGUUAAAAAAGUCCAGUUAGCACCGUUAGCACCAGCACUAGUUUGGUCACGUCCGCUAUCGUUCUGAUCUCAUGUAAACAAAAGUGACAGCGUCGCAUGAUGGCGUCAACGGAGGAGAAACCGACGCAUCGCGUGACUUUACAGCCCAAAGCUUCAGUUUUCCUCAACUACACAGAAACACCUUAAACAGAGUUUCUGAACAUCUUCACUUUAGAAGGAGUUUUACAAAAAGUGCUGCGUGUGGACGAGGUCUAAGCCUCUGACUUUAUGUAUCCAUGAAGCAUCCUUCCUUAACCUGAUUUCUUGUGUCGGUGUUGUUUCACAUCUUUACAUUGACUAUGACAGACUCAAAGGCAGGUGUUACUCCAGUUAUGACAAAAACAAACUCAUAUCCUGAUCAUGAUGAGGUCAUUUUAUCUUCAACAGGAUGACAAACGACUUCAAACAGCGACAGCAUUUCAUAUCUAGAGAACUAACUGAGACGAGUGGGCGACAUUAUGGAGGGAAGGUUUUCGAUGUUUUUCGGUCCCACGUGUUUUAAAACCAUAUAGUAGUGUUGUAGUCAAGACCAGACUAACCCAGACCAAGACAUACCAGAGACCAGAGUGCUCCGAGACCGAGACAAGACCAAGACCAGGGCAGGGCAAGACCGAGUCAGGACCAAGACAUUAGGGAUCGAGACCUUCAAAAAGUGAUCUCGAGACCAAGACCGAUUUUGAGUCCUACAACACUACGACACAUUCUGCCAACAUUUCUGUACUGAAAUGUUUCCAACGUAUUUGUUCAGUUGAGACGCAGGAAGUCACUCUUAGUGAUUCAAAAUGAGAAAUCACAAAACAUCGUGUGCUGAGGACUUGUAUUUUUCUUGCUGUGGUAUUGAAACGGUAAUAAGAUAAUUAAAUUUUAGUAGAACCAUAUCAAAGUUUAAAAAUCUGGUAUCGUAAAAACCGCAAAUGUAAGUUAUAUUAAUACAAAUAAAUCUCAGCAUCACCCAAAAACUAACGUGAUGUAAAAGUGACGCUAACAUGAGGAUAUGAUGUCACUUCUAAAUCAUGAUGCACACGUGGACUCGCGCUGCAAAAACUCCAAUCUUAACAAGUGUAUUCGUCUCAUUUUCUAGUUCUAAUAAUUUAAAACACUUAACAAAGGCCACAUUCACCUGACAAGUCCAGACUAACAUUUUAAUCAAGAUAUUACAAGUAGGGGCGCCGGUAUGGAUUCAUGCUGUAGUGGUUAGUGUGUACGGCCCCCUAUGUACUGAGCAAUAGUCAUUAGGGUUAGGGUUAGGUUUGACGUCAGUUUGGGAUCCCUGACCACUUCCUGUUUCUGUGCUUCAGUUCAUGUCAUAACCUUCCAUCAAUAGAAGCUCCAUAGUUUAUUUCAAAAUAAAAGCAUGGUUGAACUUAAACAGCAGCUAGAGUACUCUCAGCUUAAGACAGUACAAAACUUCAAAAUAAAAGCCUAACAAUUUUUAAUUUUAAAAUGGGAAAUAAUGGAAUUUCAAACAUGAUAAAAAAAUGUGAUUUAUUGCGAUUAACUUUUGAAAUUAAGAGGUUAAUUACAAUAAAAAACAUUAUCCUAUAUAUAUUAGUAUAUAAACGUGUCCACUAUGAUCUUGUUUGUUCACAAAGCAGCGUCAGUAUUAAUAUCUGUCUGUUUCAUAACAAGACAAAAACUCCUCCCAGGAGAGUUAAGAUUGUUGACACAAAAUUCAUUAGGUAAAAUUUACAUUUUACGUUUGUUGAAAUUAGUUUCAAAGCUUAUUUCCAGAAACUUGACGAGUAAGUCUGGACCUGUCAGGUGAGCGUGGCUUCUUCUACUUGUAAUGACAUAUCUUAGAGUAUAAAUAAGACGAUCACACUUGGUGAGAUUUGAGUUUUUUCAACUUCACACAUGCAUUUACAAGCAUUUCUCUGGAUGUAACAUUCUGUAAAUGAUGUACAAAUACUCGAUUUAGUUGUUGUCUUUGCUUUUGUUUGUGACAAAGGUGACGUGAUGACGGACAGUUGGAUUGUACCACAGCGUUUUGUCGAAGAGAUUUAACUAGUUCAGGUCCUGCGAGCGAGCCGACUCCUACCUGCCAGUGUUUGAUAUUGUGCUGCAUUAAAUGUGUGUGUGCACAGAUUCUUGUCAACACACUGGAUGUAAAUGUGUAUGAUACUGUAGUAAAUAAUCUUUCAAAAAGA